CAUCCAGUAACAUGCGCGCCGUUACUGCGUUCUUCCUCCUCCUCGCCGCGACCCUCCAGGGCGUCAUCGCCGCCUCCACCCCCGGCUGUGGCAGGAGCCCACCCUCGAGCGGUACCAAGAACAUCGGCAACCGACAGUACAUCCUCCAAGUCCCCGCCAACUAUGACCCCAACAGGCCGUACAAACUCAUCUUCGGCUUCCACUGGCUCGGUGGCAACAUGAACAACGUCGCCCCAGGCUACUACGGUCUCCGUGCCCUCGCAAACGAAAGCGCCAUCUUCGUCGCACCCAACGGCCUCGACGCCGGCUGGGCCAACACCGGAGGUCGCGACACCACCUUCGUCAACCAGAUGCUCACCGAGCUCAAGAACAGCAUGUGUGUCGAUGACACUCAGAUUUUUGCGACUGGCUUCAGCUACGGUGGUGGCAUGUCCUACUCUCUCGCUUGCUCCAACCCUCGUGACUUCCGUGCUGUCUCCGUCAUCGCUGGUGCCCAGCUCAGCGGUUGCAGCGGUGGCGAGACCCGAGUUGCCUACCUCGGUAUCCACGGUGUCGUCGACUCCGUCCUCAACGUCAGCGCAGGCCGCCAGCUACGUGACCGCUACCUCCGUGUCAACGGCUGCCAGUCCAAGAACGCACCCGAGCCCCCUCGUGGUCCCGACAGCAACUACAUGAAGACCGAGUACUCAUGCGCUGCCGGUUACCCAGUCUGGUGGAUCGCUCACGGUGGUGACCACGUCGCUCAGCCCAGCGGACAGAACUGGAUGGCCACCCAGACAUGGGACUUCUGGACCCGUGCUAUCUAUGAAGGUGUUGAGAACCCCAACCCUCCCACCAACCCCCCUCCGACCCAGCCAACUCAGCCUCCCACUCAGCCCACCAAUCCUCCUCCGGGUAACUGCGCGGCUCGCUAUGGUCAAUGCGGUGGCCAGGGCUGGAACGGCCCUUCAUGCUGCCAAUCUGGUGCCAGCUGCCAGGUCGUCAACCAGUGGUACCACCAGUGCCUGUAA